CUUAUAUUUUAUUACAAGACAUUGCUUUCUUUUUAUAAGAAUGAUUGAAAGGGAUGAUGAAAACAAUAUGAUGUAUUUCUGUGAAGAGUGCUGUAAAACAUUCCGCCAUAAAAAGUCAUUGGUGAGGCAUAAAAACAAUUUGCACAAUGAUAACACCAAGGACAGAUUCACCUGUGCCGAAUGUUUUAAAGACUUUGGAUACAAAUGUAAUUUGGUGGGUCACAUCAAGAAGUUGCAUGCUUCAAAUUCGAAACCUUUUGUUUUCACCGAAGCGAAUUGUGCACUUUGCGGAGAGUACGGUUCAAAGAAAUAUAUCGUCGAUCAUUAUAAGGCAGACCACGACAUAAAUCUGGAUGUGCAGGUUGUCCAUUUUGAUACCGAUGAUGAAUUUUACGCUUGGAAGGCGAACAUCGAGAGCAUAGAAAUGUGUUUGUUCGUGAAAGAAAGGACCCUUUAUACUACAAAAGAUGGGACGAGUAAGAUGUCUUUUAAGUGCUUUAGAGAUGGGAAGUUUAAAAGGAGAGGUAAAAACAUAAGAAAUGUCAAGUAUAUGGGGAGCAACAAACUGGAUGGUCAUUGUCCUGCUAAAAUUGACUAUUCAUGUACAGAUAGGAAAAUAAGUGUGACUUAUUGCAGGACUCAUGUCGGCCAUGAGCGGGAGCUUGCCCGACUACCUUUGACUAAAGAGGAAAGAAAAGCUUUGGCAGAAAAAAUAGCUCAAAAUGUCUCUUUUGACAGUAUAUUGAAUGAUAUAAGAGAAUCCGUUUCUAAUGAAAACUUUGAACGGAUUCAUCUCCUUACUAAAAAGGAUUUGUUCAACAUAGCUCAACAGUACAACUUAAAAUCGCCUAAAGUUUCGACCAAAACAAAAAAUAAAGAAGACUGGAGUGAGUUGAAACUGGGCGAUGAAAAAAAAGCCUUCACUCCCGAAAUCGAAACGCAACCCGAACUAGUUGAAAUCAGUUCUAACGAUUACCAGGAGUUGAUAAUAUACGAGACAAUCACUACGGAGGACCAGCCUGAUUUGUUUGUCAAGUACGAAGACCACCGCAGUCCGGAAACUGUGUUGCCGAGCUUGGACGAAAGGAAAGUCAUCUUGCUUGAAAAACUAUCCGAUGUUGUCAAUAGGGUCCAGACUCACGAAGAGUUAGACAUACUCUUUCAACUGUAUGAUUCAGCAAUAACAAGUGUACAAAGUUCUCAACCGAUUAACGAAUACCGAGAAUAAAUUUAUUACUGCAAAUAAAUGUUAAAUAAUAUAUUUAUUUGUAAAAAUAGUCUGUUUUAUUUGUAUCAAAGUUUAGAUAAUAAAUGACUUUUUACGAUAUUUUGA